UUCUUCCUGCGACUACCAAAACUAAAUCAACGCCGACACAGCGAGCGAGCGAGAGAGAGAGAGAGAAGGCGAUAAAAACCCUGAAGACCUCGCCAAGCAUCUCGGAACCAAUCAAUCGAAGGAUUCGACCCGAAAGAUUGCUGCUUUUCACCGAUCCGAUCCGAUAGCCUUUCGAUCGCCCUCGGCGGAGUCGAAAGAUCUGCGAUUUUUUGGGAGGUCCGAUGACGGCCAGCGGCGGAGUUGAGGUCCUGCAGGUCGACGAGGUUUACGAGUACAGGGCUCCCAGAUUCUUCGAUUUCAGCAACGAGGAGAGCGAGGAGGACGUCCGAAGGGCGGAGCUUUGGUUCGAGACUUCCCUCAGCUACGAUCCGUCUCCUUUCGUGCCCAGAAUUAGAGAAAGCAGAUCUAUUCAACUUGACAGCCUCUGUGACUUCGGAAACAUAGAUGAAAUCAAGGUGGAAGUAAAAAAUGGAGUUUGGCAGUCUGAUUCAAACCGUGAAGAUGAGAAAACAACACGAACGCACAUGCAGGAGAUCAAUCAAUACGCUAUGGCUGAAGAAGGACAAGUAACAGUGGAUAAGAAGGAUAUAAUUAUGUCGGAGGUAACCAAGCCUUGUGUGAGUGUCAUUGUUCUGCCAAAGGAGAUUAGCUCAUCCAGUGACAAUUCUUCAUCCUUAGCAAUAGCUGGUUCUUUGAACGGGAAGGACCAGUGUUUUGAAUUCCCUGUAGUGGUUUCAGGUGGUGCUCCAGAUGCAGCAUCAGCAGCUUGCACUGUCAAAGCACAGAGGACUACUAAAAUGAUGCUAGCACCCAAAAUGAAGGAGAGCCAUGUAACCGUAGAACCAUGCACUCCAAAAUCACACAGAAUGGCAAGGAAAGGAGUAGCAGCACUAAGCAGUUCAAAGAAUUUAACUGCUACGAGAACUGUUUCAAUUCAAAAACCCUCUGUUUUAAAGGAGAAAAGCAAGUUGUCCUCUUCCCAACCUUCAAAAAAUGCUAAGAAUGUGACCAAUGUUGCUGCAAAGAAUGUAACGUCUAUUGGAAUUGCACAAGAAAAUCAAGCUAUUAAAAGGCAAAAGCUGGAUGAUGGAAGAUCCAAACAGAUACACAAUUUGAAAAAUAGAGUUCUACUCCAUAAGUCGAGAUUGGGGUUAGCUAGUGCUCCUGAUGUGCAGCAGGAUGAUGCAGCUUCAGUCAAACAAAGACGGCCUGCACUUACUUUGACAAGGCCAAAGGAUCCUGAACUGGAAACCGCCCGUAGAGUUCGGGCAGUGAGAAUAAAGAGCUCAGUGGAGCUUGAAGAAGAGAUGCUAGCAAAAAUGCCCAAAUUUAGAGCACGCCCUUUAAACAAGAAGCUUUUUGAAGCACCUGCAUUUCCUUUGUUUUCCAAAAGUUCUCCUCAAACACCUGUUUUCCAGGAAUUCCAUUUCAAGACAAUGGAAAGAGCAAAUCAGCAUGCCGAUACUUCAUCAAUAGCCUCAUCGCUAGAUAGUUCUGUUCAGAAUCAGAUCAAACCCCUCAAACUCACUGAACCAAAAGUCCCUCAUCUUGAAACGGCACUCCGAGCUAGACCUCCAAAGAUAAAAAGUUCUGAGGAACUAGAAAGGGAGGAACUAGAAAAGAUGCCAAAGUUCAAGGCUUGGCCGCUAAACAAAAAGAUUCUUGAGAGCAAGGGGGAUAUUGGUUUAUUUUGCAACACAAAGCCGCAGAUUACUGUUCCCGAUGAGUUCCAUUUUGCAACAGAUGAUAGGUUGGGUCCAUCUGCUGCCGUUGAUGAACUCUUUGAUAAGCUUUCACUGCAUCCUGAAUCUUCUAACCAUGAGAAGAAAGAAGUUCCCAAAUUGACAAUACCGAAUCCUUUUCAUCUUCAUACAGAGGAGAGAGGACUCCAAAAAGAAAAACAAUUUGCGAAGCAACUUUUACAGAAGGAGCUUGAAGAGGAAAUAGCCAGGAUUCCUAAGGGAUUACCUUAUCCUUAUACCACAGAUUUUCCAGUGUUGCCUCCCAAACCUAAGCCUAAGCAGUGCACAAAGCCUGAAGGUUUUCAAUUGGAAAGCCUUGUUAGGCAUGAAGACGAGCUGCAGAGAAGGAUGGAAGAGAAAGAAAGGGCAGAAAGAGAGGAGGCAGAGAGAAGAAUUUUUAGAGCGCGACCAAUUUUGAAAGAUGAUCCUUUGCCACUUCCAGAAAGGGAAAGAAGGCCUCUUACUGAGGUCCAAGAAUUUGCCUUGCAUGUGGAUCACAGAGCUGUCCAGAGAUCAGAGUUCGAUAAAGUGAUCAAGGAGAAAGAGUUGACCUAUAAGAGAUUUAGAGAGGAGCAGGAGUUCGCCAAGAUUAUGGAGGAAGAGAAGGUAGUAAAGCAGAUGAGAAGGACAAUGGUGCCUCAUGCCAGACCACUACCAAGUUUCGAAAACCCAUUCAUCCCCCAAAAAUCUACAAAGGAAGCAACAAAGCCAAAGUCUCCAGAUUUGAGGGUGAACCAGAGAAUAGAGAGGUGGCAGGCAUUCCACAUGAGAUGAUGAUUUUGUUGUUUAAAUGAAGUUUGUUCAAGACUUGCUUGAACUAGACUAGUUUACGGAUGCGCUCGCUAAUCGGAAGGGAUAGAAGAAAUUCAAUCUGAAGAGGGCCUUUGUUAGCGUGGACUGUACAUAUAUGAUGUUGUUCUUCUAAUUCACUAUUGAUUGGUUGGCACUAGUAGUUUGUGAAUUUGAAUAUCUGACAAUUGAUUCCACCUUGUUUAUUUAU